UUUUGGUUGGCACUUUUAAGUUUCUCUAUUUUUAUGUAUCCCAAGUAAAAAGUUCAAUUCACACACACACACACACACACACAUUAAAUGACUCAGCAUUUCGAACGCUACUUUGAAAGCAUCAAGGACCACACCAGCUCUGAUGAUGAGUGUGUUUACCCCACCACCAGCACAAAAUGUAGCAAGAAAAAACCCCCACCAGCAACCAAUCACACCUCGGUCCUCGCCAACCCCGAAGCCAUCCGACUGGAACUAACCACCGACCACAAAAUGUACUACAUCAGUGGUGCCCAAGUGCACUUCCCAUUUACGCCCUAUCCGUCACAACUGGGCAUGAUGCAGCAUAUGAUCCAGGCACUGAACAAUGCUCAGAACACAAUGAUUGAGAGUCCGACAGGGUCAGGAAAGUCUCUGGCAUUGCUGUGUGCGGCGCUUGCGUGGAGGCGCGAUUUCAGCGCGAAGUGCAAGUUGAGGUUGAGUAAUGCGCGUGUGGUUGUGCGCAAGUAUGCGAUGUAUAGCGCUGUAUUGUCCGCUACUGAGGAGAUGGAGGUGGUUAAGGGGGAGAAGGGGGACUGUGGGGAUGACAAUGGAGACGGAGACGGGGAUGAAAAGAAGCCUGAUGUGACUGCGGAUUCUACAGCCGCUACUGAUGUCGCCGAUGACAAGCCUGAUCUGUCCGCAGCGGAGACCGAGGUCAUGUUUGCCCCUGAUCUCACUGCCGACAUGAAGCCCAAGAUCGAUCCCAGUACAGGCGACCUUGUCGCUGCUGAUAUGGAUUUUGUAACACCCGCAGCAACUCCAGAAAAAAAACCAAUGGCACAAAAGGCUGAAAUGCCCGCGAAUCCGACUCCUGGUUCCGAUACCAAGCUGGCUGAGGCCUCAGCCGAAUAUCACAGAGCAGUUGCCAUGGCUGAUCUGCCCAAGACCGUCACAUAUAUCCUUGCGGCGGCCAAAAUCGCAAUUCCGCCAGGGCUGACACCAGAGGACAUUGCCACCCUCGAAGAGUUUCAGAAGCAUGGGUCCGUUGUCAGCUGCUCCCCGCGUAUAUAUUUUGGCUCGCGGACGCACAGGCAGGUGGCGCAGCUGGUUGACGAGCUUAGAAGAAAAACGCCCUACCGUCUGCGUACAGCUGUCUUGGGGAGCCGUGCGCAGACCUGUAUUCGCCAGAAAAAGAACACUGAUCAGUCGGUCGACGACAUGUGCCGAGCGCUGUUGGACGAAGACAACUGCAGCGCUUACAGUGGGUUUCGCAAGCUGAUUGGGCACAAAAAGGUGGCGCGCGGAGGCGACAUGGAGAUCUGGGACAUUGAGGAUAUUGUCAGCCUUGGAAAAAGGCUGAACGCUUGUCCUUACUACGCCGCACGCGAGCUGGCGGGAACCGCUGAUCUGGUGUUCUGCCCGUACAACUACAUUCUGGAUCCGGGAGUCAGGGAGGCCGCCGGUAUUGAACUCGAAGGCAACAUUGUUAUCUUGGACGAAGCGCACAAUGUUGAGAACGCUGCGCGCGAUGCCAGCUCCUUGGAGGUCACCGACCAGCAGCUGGGCACCCUAGUCGGCGAAUGCAGGCAGCUGAGCAAUAAUAAUGUCUUGCCCUUAUCCCACGAGUUCGUCGGUAUGUUUGCCGAAGGGCUCCUUGGCUGGCUGAACGAUCCGUCGAGCACCUAUGAGCACCGCGAUUUUGAGACGCAGACGUCUGUGUGGCCCAAGAAUGAUGUCUCGACGAAGGACCUUUUUAGGCACCUGUCAAUCACGCUGGAAUUUGUCCGGCGCCUCGAGAUAGAGACCGAAAAGCUGGAAGAUUAUAUUAAGGAGGUGCGCGCUAUAAAGGAGCAGGGGAAACUUAUCGAUAAGAGCGCCAUGCUACAGUUGAGGACCAGGAACAACUCCCCCGAUGAGGUCGACAUGGAAGAGGAGCAGCAGCAGGAUAAAUUGACUCUAAAGCAUCUGUCUGCCGGUUUGAUGCGCCUUCUCAGCGGGAUGGUGCGGGUGCUCAAGUACACGUCUCCGGGAAGCAAGUACCACCAUGACUAUCGCAUAGCCAAGAUCAAAAAGCCUAACCCUGAAUACCACGACAAGGGCCCACAGCGCAAGCGACGGAGAAAGUCCACACUACCACCUCCGCCACCCCCGCCAUUUGUCAAUGUCAUGGCAUUCUGGGCGCUCAACCCUGGUGUCGUUUUUUCAGAAAUUGCAAGCUAUUCGCGCUCGAUCAUCCUGACGAGCGGAACGCUGUCACCGCUCGACAGCUACGAGUCGGAGCUGCAGGUGUAUUUUGCAAGCAAGCUCGAGGCCAGCCACGUCAUCGACCCUGCCCGCUUCUCUGCCAUGGCCAUUGAGUGUGGGCCAUCUGGAUUGGUUCUCGAGGGCAAGUAUAACACAGUGGACACAUUUUCGUUUCAGGACGACGUUGGCCAGGCGCUGUGUUCUAUUGCUUCCAGUUCUCCCGACGGCAUGUUGGUUUUCGUCACUUCCUACGCCCUGUUAAACAAGCUGAUUGCGCGUUGGAGAAUGACCGGACAUUACGACGAGCUCAACGUGCACAAGACCGUGUUUGUCGAGCCCAGGGGCGGAUCCAAGGACGAGUUUGAGAAGCUGCUGGCUGAAUACCGCAGAUGCCUUGCUAGUGACAGGCUGCCCGGCCAGCCUCUGGCCCGAGGCGCAGUGAUGUUUGCUGUGUACCGCGGCAAGGUCUCUGAGGGAAUUGACUUUUCAGACUUUUUCUGUCGCACGGUGGUCAACAUUGGCAUUCCGUACCCGGCAUUCAAGGACGUCAAGGUCAUGUUGAAGCGCGAGUACAAUGACCAAAUGUAUAGACAAUACCAGUAUCCCCAAGGUUCAAGCAACGGCAACCAAGCAGCUGCUUCUACGGGCUUGCUGAAUGGAUCCAAGUGGUACGAUACCCAGGCCUUCCGGGCGAUUAACCAAGCGCUCGGCCGCUGUCUUCGGCACAAAGACGACUGGGGAGCAAUCAUUAUGCUGGAGUCCCGGUUUGGUCAGUCGUGGAAUAUCAACCGUUUGUCCAAAUGGGUUCGUCAGCAUUUGCGCGUGCAUAGGAAUUUUGGUUCGGCAAUGGCGAGCCUCGACGAGUUUUACCGCGUGCGCAUUCAGGAAGACCAAUUGACAUUUGCUGAGACGCCCGACAUUGCGGAAGUGCAAACCCUGACUGGUGAUGUUGCUGGUGGCGAUUCUGAUGUUGAUGUUGAGUUUAACGCCGGUUCAUAUCCUUGUAUUUAAUAUUGAAACUGUGUCAGGGGGACCUUUGAUCUGACAAGUAUACUUUAAAAUCGAAGUAAUUUACUAACACCCCUUUCUAAAAGUUAUUUCGCUAUUUAUAUAUAAUGAUUGUUUUUUAAACGUUACGUGGGUGUUUAAGUGUUUGGUAAGGCUGGCUACGUUGCGUGUAAUUGAAUUGGACAACCUCUAUAUUUUACAAUAUCGGGCUCAUUCAACCCGCCAUACACAAUAGCACAUUGCUACGCCAACACGUACAUGUAUGUUAAAG